AUGGCGAACGGCUGGAGCUUGGUCAUCGGCUUGGUCGUCAUCGUUGCUGCAUCCGUUGCUGCAUGGUUCCUCAGCCCGAAGGGUGAAAACCAGACGCUAUUCCGCAGCACGUUUAUCCUGACCUUUGUUUCUUGUUACUUGAUGUGGGCAAUCGUCUUCCUUUCACAAUGGCAUCCCCUUAUCGCACCAAAGCGAUCAGACAUCAGACCUGGCCGGGUACCAAAUUAA